CGGCUACACCCCGCCCCCGUUUCCAUGACAGUUGGAGGGAGAAGAGAGCGAAAUUUUCGUAGUGUACCUGCUGUUGAGCUCAGUCGUCCGAGCCGUCGACGGAAAAAAAUUGCCUGGAUUACGUCGAUGAACUGAGUCAACUGACGAACGAAAUCGGAGGGAAAAAGAUCGUAUCGUAGUAAGCCGCGUCUGCGGACAAGUGUGGCGGGAAGGUUUCGAAAAAUUCUUCACUUCCCCCCCCCCGCCCCGCCCCCCCGCCAAAAAAAGAGAGUGAACACUGUGCGCAGAGGAGGAUUAUUACGUAGUAGCCGAGUUUUUUGCUGACGGGGGUGUUACCGAAUCGGCGCCACGUCGUCGACGGGCUGCUGCUGCUGCUGCUGCUGAAUGGACUCCUCCUGUGCAGACCUGCGUGCGACGGGGCACUCCACAUCGUCUCUUGUGUGAUCUUCUUCGUCUGUGGUGGGGAUCGGUCUUGGUUGCUUCCCUUCCACAUUCUAUUCCUGCCUUUUCUAAGGUAGGGCCUUCCCUUCUCUCUUCUCUUUCUUUCUUCCUCUCUUUUCCCUGGGGCUGCCCUUCUCUCUUCUUUCUCUUUCUUCCUCUCUUUUUCCUGUGUGUAAUCUCGUUUCCCCGAGGAUGUUUCGACGAGGCUGUCACGAACUGCUUCGACCCGAAUUGCUCCGAUGGCGGCGGCGUCGGCCGGGGCAAGGUUUUCACUGGCGAUCCUGCACUUGGACGGAGCAGGUUGCCGCCGCCGACAAUGCCACGUCAUCUUCCGCUAGAUUGACACGUCGACUUCGUCUGGCAGCCGCAGUACCUUUCACGAUCGUUCGACGCAUUUCCACUGCAUCGCGGGGCGAGGGUAAAGGUAUUCUUGGCGCUGAUUGCGGGAUCGUAGUGGGCUCGGAAUCGCCAGCAGGAGCAGCUGACACGUGGCCAAUCGCGCGGCAGAUGUUGUCGUCCACGUCAGCUUCUGUUGCUGCGGAGACCACGUCAGCAUCUGUUGUGGCUAAAGAGACAGCGGGGGAAGCGACGUCCGUGCCGUCGGGAUCGCCGCCUUCUGCGGCAGCGAGAGAAACGAUGGCGACCUCGGCUGAAACAUCAUCGCAAACGACCGCUUCCCCCGAGGACUCUGCCGACGCUACCGGUAGUAGUAAAGGCGGGGGGGGGUUCUUCAGAUUUCUCAAGAUAGGCAUUGGACUGACGGCGGGAACUGCAUGUACGGCAGCAGGAUACGCCACGUACGCUUACGAGACGGACGAGUUGGAGAGUAAAGCGAACCAGUUGCAAUCGGAGUGGUUUCCAGGAAAUUCCGCGGCUUCUUAUGAUGGGACAAUGGAAGAGGGCGGCGGCCUGAAUGCAGGGGAAAGAGAGGAGAUUUCCGAUCCCUUUGGAGUUGUAGCUACAGUGAAGAAAGGAUGCCUAAGUGUUGUGAGGAUGUACUUGGAUGCACGACGCUCUGUAGAGGACCAGAUUAAGGGUUUUGCAGCCCCUUCCUCAGAGAAGCUGCUACCUGAUCUCGCCCCUGAAGAAGUUGGUGUCUACACGCUGGUUUUGGACCUUGAUGAAACUUUAAUCUUUGCAGACUGGAGGCGUGGUACAGGAUGGCGGACAUUCAAGAGGCCAGGAGUGGAAGCGUUCCUUGAAGAGAUGUCCAAGUGUUUCGAAAUUGUUGUUUAUACGGACCAGAUAAACAUGUAUGGCGAUCCUGUCAUGGCACGCUUGGAUCCAAAGGGAUACGUGCGAUUUAAGCUCUACCGAGAUGCGACGCAAUACACGAAAGGGAAGCACAUGAGGGAUCUGUCCAAACUUAACAGGGACCCUUCCAAGAUUCUUUAUCUUAGCGGGCACGGUUUGGAGAACUGCCUGCAUCCGGAGAAUGUUGUUCCCAUCAAACCCUGGAAAGCAGAACCGGGUGAUGCGGCACUUCUGGAUCUCAUGCCUUUCCUUGAAUGUAUUGCUCGGCAGCGACCGCCUGAUGCGCGAGUUGUGCUGGAGUCCUACAAGGGCCAGGACAUUCCAACUGCCUUUCGAGAAAGGUCAAAGGAAGUGCAGAGACGGAUUCAAGAACGAAGAGGGCAUAGCUUUUGGCAACGAACGGUUACCUCGGGCCCUCGGACGUCAGCCGCUCACUGACUGUGUACUCGCUUUGGAAAUGGUAUGAGAACUAUUGCGGGGGGCGUCUUUUGUUUGUUAAAACUUUGGUGGAGUGCCUCAAGCCAAGACGAUGCAGCAAAGACGAUUGAACACUUGAAUUUUUAUCCAAUCAGGUUCUCAAGGAUCUCUUAGGAACAGUUCUUACAUCCUUAUGUCAUUUUCCCCUCGAAUCUGCGUUUGGGUGCUGGAUUGGACUGGAUAUGUUUUGCAUCACAACGAGUUCCAUCAAAAUCUACAGUGCAAGUUUGCUCUCUCAAUGGUGGGGUGAUAUAGUGAAGUUUUGCACUUUCUCAAUGUGUGCGGUUAAUCUUUUCAUUACUCCCAGGAGGGGAUCUUGUCUCCGCUCGAAGUAGCCCAAGGAAGAGCGUAGUGACACAGAAUGGGCACAAACAGCUGCUUUCGUAGCUACACAUCAUCAGUAAUGUGGUGGUAAACAGUGGUGAGCCAUUUGUUUGUGGCAUCGCUUGGAGGGCAGUUUAGAUGACUGAUCAUUGUUUAAUAGUGGUUUAUUAUGACACCGUGGAUGGCAGUAGUGGGAGAUGGAGUCGUUUGCCGGCAUGUGGAAUCUGUGCCAGUGUUCGUGGUGAUGAAGGUGGUAGCCAUAUUCUCAUCCUACGAGGUCAUUGAGAGAGAAUGGUGCUCCCAUCAGAUGUCGUUUUAAAGGUGUUAGACAUAGUCAGCUUGGAACUAAAUGAAUGCCGUGGGGAGGAAGAACGGUGAGUGAUUUGAUCCAGUUGGUUUUCUAUCGGGUGUCCAGUCAAUUUUUUUUAACUCAAACGUAGGUAAAGUCUGUAGUGAGAACAUGAGAGUUGAGUUCAGAAUUUGUUGUUUUAUCGUCGGCUUGAAUGUGCAAGGUUGUUGGGUUUCUCACUUUUGGCCAUUAGCCUAGGAAUUGUUGCGUCCCGACUAUCCCUGUUCCCCUUCCCCCCUUCCCCCUCACCCUCGCCCCUCCUUCCUCCCUGCUAAGCUUUUGGUCAUCACAAAUAUGAUGUAGAGGUCCUGGAUGGGAAGUUGCGAACAACUUUUGGCAGAGGGUCAUCUCCAAAGUUCGUUCUGCGGGCCGCAGGUGCCAUCAAAUGGACAAGUGCCAAGCCAGCCGAUGCAAACUGAACCGCAUCUGAAUGCAGAUUGUGCUGUACGCUGAUUCAAAAAGUUGAUGCGCACUGAAAUGCGCUAUGUGCGGUGCGAUUGGAAGACGGUGUGAUUGAGAAAAUGCUGGCACGGUUAUCAUGAAAUGGUAGUGGCACUUCUUGUGCGGUUGGAAAACCGAGAUGUGAGAAAGAAUACCCGCCAUUAGGGUUUAUGGCUGGCAACCAGAAAACUCAUUCUCGAACGCAAACAUGCACGCAUGCUUGAGACAGGAGAGCUGUCAUCAUCAGGGUUUGUUGCUGUUUGCAGCUGAAGAAUAAAUGCAUGCAUGUGUGCAGUUCUAUGCACACAUUAAAUGCACAUCCAUAGCAUUCACUAUGAUGAACUGGCUUCUCUGGCUUAUGGCUGUUCUUGUGCGGUCUUUGGACCGAUAGACUGAAGUUGAACCCUUCGUGGUGAGUUUCUAUCCAUCAGGGUCUAAUGUAUCCUUGGCAGACCGACCAAGGGACAGGCAUUGGUCAAGGGCAGGACUGACAGUGUGGACUUGCACUUGAGACCAUCUGCUGCUGCAUGCUGAAAGGUUAUUGCCUCCAGGGUCAGCAGUGGCUGACUGGAUUUGGUGAGAGCGAACAUCUCUCCGAUGGAUACAACCACGUCAUCGGCGGAUACAAGCACAGUAUUGCCUGUCCACUGACAAGUAGUUCAGUAAUGUUGGCUCCGGAAUCCCAUGCAACGUGCUUAAUUGUCGCGCUUUGAUUACCUGCCUGAUGUUCGGCUACCGGCUUUCACCCGAAUAG